GCAGCCCGUGGUGUCUCCCGGCCCGCCCGUUCCCGGUGCCCUUGGCGCGGUCCUGCGGGUCGCGGCGGCGGUGCGAGCAGCGGAUUAAAUCCUUUUUCCUGGGGUUAGCAGUUGGGAUUAUUUCCAAGAAACCCAGCAGUCAUGGUGAAUUUCGCCCAAGCUGUGCGUGAACACUGGGUUCACAUCCUUGUUCCCUUAGGAUUUGUGAUUGGAUGCUAUUUGGACAGAUGGAAUGAUGAAAAAUUGUCUGCCUUCAGAAACAAGAGCUUAUUAUAUAAAAGGGAGUUGAAGCCUGGUGAAGAAGUAACAUGGAGAUAAAAGCUGAUGAUGAAAAGGAAGACACUUUUUUUUGAUUCAUCAUCUUAUCUCACAUAUUGAAAGAACGGGAAUAUGGUUUUUACCCUGAGAGGAUACUACAGUAAAGGACAUCUGCAAUUCAUCAGUGCUAGUUUAAUUUCCAGUGUUACUUUUUGAAAUUUAUUUGAUUACAUGACUAAUAUGUGUGCAGGAAUUCCAUUAGUCCAUAAGAAUUGAGAAACUUUUGUUCCCCACUCUGGAAAAGAGAGGAAGAAUUAUAGAAUAAACUAUGCAAAAAUCA